ACGAGUUGAGACGCGCCCCACUGCGCAGCACUCACGUUUUUAUGGCAUCUUAUUAAAUAGCCCUUUUAGCUCAGUGCACGGAAUAAAGAUUAAACACAUUCGCAUUAGUUUGUUCGUGGAAGACAUGGAUUGCUCGGAAGAAGUACAAUCUCCCUCAGACGACGCAAGGUCCCCAAUGGAGUUAAAGAAGGGAAUGUCUAUAUUUCUGGAUAUAUUAAGAAGAGCCGAUAAAAAUGAUGAUGGCAAGUUGUCCUUUGAUGAGUUCAAGGCCUACUUCUCCGAUGGAGUCUUGGGUGGAGAUGAACUGCAGGAGCUCUUCCACACCAUUGACACUCACAACACAGAUAACGUGGACACUGAUGAGUUGUGUGAGUACUUCUCUCAGCACCUUGGUGAAUAUGAAAACGUCCUUGCGGCCCUAGAGGACCUGAACAUCUCAAUACUGAAGGCUAUGGACAAAACUAAAAGGGAAUACCAAGAGUCAACCCAUCUGGAGCAGUUUGUGACUCGCUUUCUGCUGAAAGAGACAACCAAUCAGCUUCAAUCCCUUCAGAGUUCUCUGGAAUGUGCUAUAGAGACCACUGCUGAGCAGACCCGCCAAGAAAGACAAGGGCCGGUGAAGCCUGAGGUACUGCCCAUUCAGUGGUCGGGAAGGCGGUCGAACCGGAGACUUCAAAGGAAUAACAGUCUGUCUCCAAACAACCCCCUCCUCAGCCUCACUAAUUCAGGUCUUUAUGAAGACGACAGUCAAUGGAUGACCCAGAUCAACAGACUCCAGAAACUGAUAGACCGCUUAGAAAAGAAGGAGCUACGACUUGAACCUGUUGAAGAAGAAGUCCUGGAGGGCACCACCAAAGCACACAUCCUGAUAGUGCAGCGGCAGCUCUCCGUGCUGGAGGAGGAGCUGGGGGAGUUCCGCCUGGCUCUCCGGCAGUACAUUGAGUGCUCCAACACCCAGACCGGCUGCCUGCAUGUUGCUGUGCAGAAGCUCUCCACUGAAUCCCGCUUCAUACUGUAUGAGUUCUGGGAGCACAGCAAUGUGUGGAAGAAUCAUCUUCAGACAAACUACAGCAAAACCUUCCAGAGAGGCAAUGUUGAUUUUCUGGAGACGCCAGAGAUCAUGACCACAAUGCUGGUCCCAGCUUCAUGGUGGGUGCUGAACAAUAACUAGAUGUGGGUGCUUUCAGAGAGCAGUGUUAGUCAGGAACCUGUGGUCAUAGUUGUAGCUUUUUUUGUAAAAAAAAAAAUCAGGCUCUUGGAACUGCACUUGAUGUUUACUGUGAAACAUGGUUGUUAAACCAGUGCUACUCAACUCCACGUUCUGCAGGCCGCAGUGUAUGCCGGAAUUUGCUCCUACCAUGCGCUACACCACCUGAUUUCACUCAUUAUUUACCUGCUUGUUUCAGAUAAUUGAAAGCAGGUGGUGUAGCACAUGGCUGAAGCAAAUGCCUGCAGACACUGCGGCCAGCAGGACAUGGAGUUGAGUAGCGUUGCAUUAGACCAACAUAUAUCAUUUUCUGUUUCCUUGAGAUUGUUUAUACCACUAGAUGUUACAUUCAGAAGACUGCUGAAGCAAUAGGGUUUUGAGCAAUGGCCAUGUUAUGUUAUCACUUGACGAUUUGCAGUUCUCAUCAUAUGGUCUAGUCAUUAAGUGUGAUAUUGUGUACCGCGUAUUGGAUGUAUAUGUAGCAGUACCUGUUGCAACCAUUUGUGGCAGUGCAUUUGAGAUAAACUACGUAAAUAUCAUCUUGCCCACCAUAACAUUUCUACUUUGUAACAAGCCAUACAAGUUACUGUGUACAGUUAGCAUAGUCGUAGUCUUCAGUCUUCUAAUCUGUAGAUGAAUUUGUCAUAAAUAAAAAUAAUAUUGUCAACUUAA